AUGGCCGCUGCCGUGCCCAUGCGCCUCGCCGGCCUCCUCGGCCUCGGCCUCGCCUCCCGCACGCGACCAAACCCUAAGCCACACCUCUCCUGCGCCUUCUCCUCCUCGACCAUCUCCGCGCCUCUCGCGGCCGACCGGGUCCGCGAGGAUGAGAGUGGCCUCCUCUCGCGGCGCCUGCUCCGGCUCCGCUUCCGCUCGCCGCGCGGGGCCGCCGCGGCUGCCAUCGAGAGAUGGGCCCGGGAGCGCGUCCACAUCUCGCAGCCGGAGCUCCGUCGCGCAAUCGCGAUGCUCCGGCGCGCGCGCCGCUACGAGCACGCCCUCGAGAUUUUCUCUUGGAUGGAAUCAUGCAACUCUCUUCAACUGUCGUCAUGGGAUCAUGCAGCAAGACUGGACUUGAUUGCUAAAGCUUACAGUACUUCUCAAGCUGAGGAAUACUACAACAAACUACAGAGCCCUGCUGCCAGACAAGCUGCAUCGUUCCCUCUCCACUGCUAUGUUACAGAAAGAAAUGUACAGAAGGCUGAAUACUUCAUGGCCCAGUUGCAGAGUCACGGGUUACCUGUAGAUCCUCACUCAUUCAAUGAAAUCAUGAAACUCUAUGUUGCAACCUGUCAGUAUGAGAAGGUCCUUAGUGUUAUUGACCUCAUGAAACGGAACAACAUUCCCAGAAAUGUUCUCUCCUACAACCUUUGGAUGAAUGCUUGUGCUGAAGUCUCUGGUGUUGCCUCAGUACAAUCAGUGUUCCAGGAGAUGUUGAAUGAUGAGACGGUCGAGGUUGGUUGGAGCACAUACUGCACACUAGCCAACAUUUUCAGGAAGAAUGGACUGAACACUAAAGUGCAAGCUUGCCUUAGGAAAGCUGAAACAAAACUGUCACCAACAGGGCGCUUAGGAUACUCUUUUGUAAUGACAUGUUAUGCGGCUCUGAAUGACAGCGAUGGAGUUAUGAGAUUGUGGGAGGCUAGCAAAAGUGCGCCAGGUAGAAUCCCCACUGCAAACUACAUGACUGCUAUGUUAUGUUCAAUAAAAGUUGGCGACAUCAGCCAGGCCGAGUGGAUCUUUGGAAGCUGGUGGAUUGAAAAGGCUGAGAGGCUCCACCUCCACAUGCUAGAGAAAGGAGCAUGUCCAAAUUACAAGACAUUGAUGGAGGGUUAUGUUCAGAGUAGGCAGAUGGACAAAGCUGUGGGUUGCAUGAAGAAAGGUUUGUCUCUGUUGAAGAGUUGCCAUUGGAGACCUCCACUUGAACUGAUGGAGGCCAUUGGCAAACAUUUCGAAGAGCAAGGAAAUUUUGAUGAUGCAUAUCGAUACAUUAAGGUUCUCCGGAGGUUUAACUUGACAAGCUUGCCCCUGUAUAAGUCAUUGAUUCGAGCAUAUAUCAAUGCUGACGUUGUGCCACCGAAUAUCCUUGAGAUGAUUGCAAAAGAUCAGAUUGAUAUGGACGAAGAAAUGGACCGGUUGAUCAUACUUGCUGGCAAGAUAGAUAUCACAUGCAAUGGAUAG